UACCCAGGAGGAGGCGGGUUUGACAGAGGCCCCGCCCCUCGCCGCGUGUGACGUCAGAAUCGCCAUGGCCAGCUAUCCGUACGGGCAGGGCUGCCCAGGAGCUGGAGGACAAGCGCCCGGGGCCCCCCCCGGUAGCUACUACCCCGGAGCCCCCCAUAGUGGAGGGCAGUAUGGUAGUGGGGUACCCCCUGGUGGUGGAUAUGGGGGAGGUCCUGCCCCUGGAGGGCCUUAUGGACCACCAGCUGGUGGAGGACCCUAUGGACACCCCAACCCUGGGGGGCUCCCAUCCGGAACGCCAGGAGGACCAUAUGGCGGUGGGGCCCCCGGGGGCCCCUAUGGUCAGCCAUCUCCAAAUUCCUAUGGUGCCCAGCAUCCUGGGCCUUAUGGACAGGGACCUCCUCCAGGUGGCGCUCCUCCCAAUGUGGACCCCGAGGCUUACUCCUGGUUCCAGUCAGUGGACUCUGAUCACAGUGGCUACAUCUCCAUCAAGGAGCUGAAACAGGCCUUGGUCAACUCCAACUGGUCCUCAUUCAACGAUGAGACAUGUCUCAUGAUGAUAAACAUGUUUGACAAGACCAAGUCAGGACGCAUUGACGUCUAUGGUUUCUCGGCCCUGUGGAAAUUCAUCCAGCAGUGGAAGAACCUCUUCCAGCAGUAUGACCGGGACCGCUCGGGCUCCAUUAGCUACACAGAGCUGCAGCAAGCUCUGUCCCAGAUGGGCUACAACCUGAGCCCCCAGUUCACCCAGCUCCUGGUCUCCCGCUACUGCCCGCGCUCCGCCAAUCCCUCCAUGCAGCUCGAUCGCUUCAUCCAGGUAUGCACCCAGCUGCAGGUGCUGACCGAGGCCUUCCGGGAGAAGGACACAGCUGUGCAGGGCAACAUUCGUCUCAGCUUCGAGGACUUCGUCACCAUGACAGCCUCUCGGAUGCUAUGACCAGCCCAUCUAUAGAGUGGGGAGUGCACCAGGGGACCUUUCUUGGCUCCUAGAGUGGAGAAGCAUGUGGGCUUCUCUUCUUUUCCUGCCCCUCCUAAAAAAAGAAUUCUCCCUUGCCUGAUGCAGCACUGUUUCCAAAGAGGGCUGGGAGUUCUAUGUCAUAGCCACCAAAUAGUGGGGACCUGGGCUGAGACCACAUAGAUAGGUGCCUGACCUUGGAAAAGCCUGGAAGCUGAAUUACAACCCUGAGCAUUUAAAAGGCACAGCCUUGCACCAGGUGCAAGAGAUGCCGGUCACUGCAAGAAGUUAGUGUCUAAUCGGCUGGCUCCAGCCUCUAGCUUUCCUUCUAUGCCCUGACGCCAGUGUUAAGUGUUCAUCAGCCUCUUACCUGUGUUCCGUCACGCGUGCUGUCUUGUCAGAUGGACCCAGUUUCUCCAAAGUGCAGUCUGACCAAGGGUGAGAGAUUUGCCCGCAUGACCAGUGGCUUGAAUUCCACCCCACAAGUCCGUGUGUGUUGAAUUCUAGUUGCCUGUGGCUGUCCCUGCUCAGGAAGCUUGGACAGUCUGCUCCCUGGGCAUCUUUGGCCAGGCUACCCCUCUGCAGCUUGGGCCCCUCACUUGCCCCUCUGCUUGGCUUCAGUCCCCAUGGGACAGGUUGCCACCUCCCACUGCCAAUCCUUUUUUUUAUUUGCAGUUUUUUCAUUCGGGGCCAAAAGUUCAAUGAAACUGUAAGCUUCAAUAAAAAGAUAAAACUCUGGA